AUGAAGAAGAUUGAGUACUGCAGUGAAAAACUGUCACUUUGGAAUAGAGCAAGCUUUGGCAAUGUGCAAAGGUGUUUAAGUUUGGCUCAAGAAAAACUCAGAAUGGCUCACCAGAAUGACCCUUUAUCACUGAAUAGACAGCAAAUUCAACUGGCAAGGAAGGCUGUCCAACAAUGGCUGCAAAGAAGUGAGAUAAUGUGGAAACAGAGAUCUAAGGUCCUGUGGUUGGCUGAGGGAGAUAGGAACUCUAAAUUUUUCCACCAUAAAGCAUCCCAAAGGAAGAAGAAGAAUUGCAUUAAAGGGGUUAAAGACUCAACUGGAAUGUGGCAAGUCAAUGAGGAAAGAGAUAGAGUUAUUACUGAGUAUUUUUAG